ACAUUGAUCGGCAGCACUAGUUCAACCUAAUAAUCACUAACUAAUGUCUGUCGGAAACGUUUGUAGACGCUUUAAUAAAUCCAUUUUAUUUUAAUUCCUUGUUAAAUAAAGUACCUACCUGUCUGGUUACUUUGGAGCGGAGCUUUUGUUGACACGGUAUUCCUGCAAAAUUUCGUGCCAUUGUUAGUGGAGUAACUUCUACAAAGAUGUUGCAAAUAAAUAAAAAAAUAUUAUCUGCAAAAUCAUUAUUAAAAUCUGGAUAUAAAACUUUUAGAUUAUUGACCACAAGUGCUCAGUGGGAACCCAGCACCCCAUGUAUUAAUACAUCUGUUCCCGGCCCGAAAACACAGGAAUUAUUUAAGGAACUUAAUUCUCUUCAGCAAGCACAAUCUGUACAACUUUUUGCCGAUUAUGACAAGAGUAUUGGAAAUUAUUUUGUUGAUGCUGAUGGUAACCAGUUUUUGGAUGCUUUUACUCAAAUAUCGUCAGUUCCGAUUGGAUAUAAUCAUCCAGAAUUAUUAAAAGCUUUUGAGGAUCCACACAAUCUCAGAUCUUUGGUAAAUCGACCAGCACUUGGAGUGUUUCCUGGAAAGGACUGGCCCGAGAAGUUGAGACAUGUUUUACUUUCAGUAGCACCAAAGGGCCUUAAAAACAUAUCUACAAUGAUGUGCGGUUCUUGUUCUAACGAAAAUGCGUAUAAAGCUGUUUUCAUGUGGUAUCGUAAGAAUCAGCGGGGAGGCAAAAUAGAUUUCACACCCGAAGAGCUCAAUUCAUGUAUGAUUAAUCAGUCACCGGGAUCGCCUAAUUUGAGUAUCAUGUCUUUUCAGGGAAGUUUUCAUGGACGCACUUUUGGCGCCUUAUCCACUACAAGGUCAAAGCCCAUUCAUAAGUUGGAUUGUCCUGCGUUUCCAUGGCCAGUUGCUCCGUUCCCGAGAUACAAAUAUCCUCUUUCGCAAUAUCAGCGUGAAAAUCAACAAGAAGAUGAGAAGUGUCUCGAGCAAGUGGAAGAUUCUAUUGAAAAACACGAGAAAACCGGGUAUCCCGUGGCGGGAAUUAUAGUGGAACCAAUUCAAUCCGAGGGAGGAGAUCAUGAAGCUUCACCACAGUUUUUCCAAAAACUACAAGAAAUAUGCAAAAAGAAAGGAGUGGCUCUUAUUAUUGACGAGGUACAGACAGGCUGUGGACCGACGGGAAAAAUGUGGUGCUAUGAACAUUUUGAUUUACCAAGUCCGCCAGACGUGCUUACUUUCAGCAAAAAAAUGUUGACAGGCGGUUUCUACUUCUCUGAAGAGUUCAAAGUCCCGCAUGCUUACCGAAUUUUUAACACGUGGAUGGGUGAUCCAGGAAAAUUGAUUUUAUUAGAACAAGUACUCAAAGUCAUCCAACGAGAUAAUUUGAUCAGUCUUGUGAACGAAACUGGGAAAGUUCUAAAGGCGGGAUUACAAGAACUCGAGGGCGAGUUCCCCAAUAUUAUAAACAGCGUUCGUGGACGUGGCACAUUUUUAUCUUUUGAUGCUUGCAAUACUGAAACAAGGGACAAAAUAGAUAAGAAUCUGAAGAAGAAUGGUGUAUUGGGAGGAGUUUGUGGCGAAAAGGCAAUACGGUUGCGACCUGCUCUUAUUUUUGAAACAAAACAUGCCCAAAUUUAUUUAGAACGCUUAAAGAAAACGUUGAAGGAAUUGUAAGCUCAAUUUUCCAUAGAGAAGCGUUCCAAGUAGCUGUGGAUGUUGUAUUCGUAGGUGUUUCUGAACAUUAAACCAUUAUAUAUUUUUUGUAUGUAGUGAUUUUGGAAAUUACAUUUUUUUAUAUAUUUAUUUUAUUUUGAUUUAAGCACAGUUGAGCUAAAAGUGCCAUGAGAUAAAUAAAGGUAUUAAGUUGUUUUUU